AUGUCAGAUCUGCAUGCUGCCUGUUCACUUGGGGACGUUGAGAAAGUGUUAGAACUUCUGCGAGGUGAAGCGAAAACAUCGUGCGUGAACGUACGCAUGGAGACGCCUCUCCACGUCGUCUGCGCACUUUCGCGGGACAGGACGGAAAAGAAGAUGGAGAUUGUGAAACAGCUGCUGCUGCAUGACGCGCCCCUACAAGAAGAGGAUGAGCGUGGGCGAACGCCUCUCAUGCUCGCCUGCGAAACAGCCAGCGUGGAUGUUGCAGCCGCGCUGCUAGACAAUGGAUCGGACCUCCGCGCGCAUUACCGUGGCGACGGAACGAUGCUGCAUGCAGCCGUGGCCGGCGGGAACGCGCGGGUCCUGUCGCCGGCUUGCUCUGGCCAGCUGGACAUCAUGCGCCUGCUACUGGAGGCCGGCGCCGACCCCAACGUCGCCGAGACAAAGAGCGGAGUGACGCCGCUGAUGAGGGCGGUGAGGGAGGGCAAGGAGGCGGCGGUGCAGAUGCUGCUUUCACACGGCGCCGACGUCAACGCUGCAGACUCGUACGGAGAGACCUCCCUGUACCACGUGCCUUGCUCUGGCAGGCUGGACAUCAUGCGCCUGCUACUGGAGGCCGGCGCCAACCCCAACGUUGCCAAGACGGAGAGCGGGGAGACGCCGCUGAUAAAGGCUGUGAGGGAGGGCGAGGAGGCGGUGGCGCGGAUGCUGCUCGCCGGCGCGGAUGCCAACGCAGCGGACUUGUACGGACAGACCUCCCUGCACAUGGCGGCUCGCUCCGGCCAGCUGGACAUAAUGCGCCUGCUAUUGGAGGCCGCAGCCAAGCCCAACGUCGCCGAUACGGAGAGCGGUGAGACGCUGCUGAUUAGGGCGACCCUGUACCACGCGGCUUGCUUUGGCCGGCUGGAUAUCGUGCGCCUGCUACUGGAGGCCGGCGCCGACGCCAACGCGGUGGACUCGUACGGACGGACCACCAUGUACCACGCGGCUUUCUUUGGCUGGCUGGACAUCAUGCGCCUGCUACUGGAGGCCGGGGCGGAUCCAAACGCCGCGUUCUCGUACGGACAGACCACCCUGUACCAAGCGGUUCGCUUUGGCCGGCGGGACAUCGUGCGCCUGCUACUAGAAGCCGGCGCCGACGCCAACGCCGCGGACUCGUACGGAGUGACCUCCUUGCACAUCGCGGCUCGCUCUGGCCAGCUGGACAUCGUGCGCCUGCUAUUGGAGGACGAUGAGGCGGCGGUGCUGAUGCUGCUCUCACACGGCGCCGACGCCAACGCCGCGGACUCGCACGGAGAGACCUUCCUGUACCACGUGCCUUGCUCUGGCAGGCUGGACAUCAUGCGCCUGCUACUUGAGGCCGGUGCAGAUCCAAACGUCGCCGAGGCGCAGACCGGGAAGACUCCGCUGAUGAUGGCGGCGUGG